ACUCCUGGCAGCUGAGGGCUGUAAACAAGAGGCGCUUCCUGUAACGACACUUCCGCUGCCCUCUUUGAGCUGCUGCACGUCACAUGAUCCAGGACGGGAAUCUGAUUGGUUGCCGGCAGCGCCGCUAGGGUACAGAUGUAACCUGCUAAAAAUAAUCCAUAUGUGACAACUCGUCCAAAGCAAUCGAUUGCUUUCCUUGUACAGUAGACAUCAUGGAUGAAAUGGAGCUAAGGCGGCUGUCGGUUGGACACGUCCUGUGUGUGCUGGCGGUGUUAUUCUCUUUGUGCAUCCCAACACUCUUCCUAGAUGACUUCUCACUUCUGGGAAUGCACCUGACUUGGAUGAAAAUCUGCUCCACCUCCGUGCUUGCUGCUAAUAUGGUAUUACUGCUAACACUGAAACCAAAUCCUUCAACAAAAAGAAACUCUUUUGCAAAUAAGGUCAGUAAGCUGUACAGAUCCUGUAAAUAUUUCUUGGCUUCCUGUCUGCUGUUUCAUGGGAUUGUAGUUCUGUAUGGCGCUCCUCUUAUAGAAUCGUUUGCAGAGACCUUUCUAUUUGCAGUUCUGUUAUCUUCCUUCACCACAUCCCGCUGUCUUUGUAUAUUGGGACCAAACUUCCACGCUUGGGUCAGGGUUUUCAGUAAAGAUGGGGCAAUGUCAGUCUGGGAUCACAGUCUAAGGAUCACAACGAUCUGCAGUAUAAUAGGAGCUUGGCUGGGAGCGUUUCCUAUACCGUUAGAUUGGGACAGGCCUUGGCAGGUAUGGCCCAUCUCUUGCUCACUGGGUGCUACUUUGGGGUACUUGGCAGGUCUCCUGCUCGCACCAUUCUGGAUUUACUGGAACAGGAAACAUCUCACAUACAAAAGCAGAUAAGAGCAGAUGGCCACAGCUUCGAUGCAGUGAGACUUGGGGAGCAGUCACCACGCUGCACACAUGUGGUUCCUAUAUAACUUAUGACAAGAGAACCUGCAACUUUCCAUCAGAAGAAUCCAUGAACAAUCAUGUCCCCAGUGUGUUGCUGCCAAUGUUGUAUUUGCAAAUCGAGACAAUAAAAUCUUUGUGCAGCUGU